UCCUUUUUAUCUACGAUUGUCCGUUUGGGAGAAGGGAGUUGUGGGGAGUGAGAAAAUGGCGGCACCGUCACUUCCAAAUCUCUUCCUCCCGCCAAUUUCACCAGUGAGCUCCACACAGAGCCCUAAAUUCUAUUUUCCGGUGAGUUCUGCCACCGCCGGCGCACGCCGAGAAACUCCGUUCGUGGCUUGUUCAGCUGCUACAGUAAGGAGCGGAGGAAGAGUCAAUCCAGAUGAUUACCAUUCCACUCUAAGAGCUCUCAAUUCCAAAGGCCGAAUGCCCAGAAAAUCUCUUGGCCAGCAUUAUAUGCUGAACUCUUCAAUUAACCAGCAGCUGGCUGCUGCAGCUAAUGUUAAAGAGGGUGAUGUGGUCUUAGAAAUUGGGCCUGGAACAGGGUCGUUAACCAAUAUCCUUAUUAACUCAGGUGCCACAGUGCUUGCAGUUGAGAAGGAUCCAUACAUGGCUGCUGUUGUGGAUGAAAGAUUUGCUAGCACAAACAGGUUGAAGGUUCUAAAUGAGGACUUUGUUAAAUGUCAUGUGAGUUCACAUAUGAUGUCAUUGCUCAAAGGUAUGGAGUUGUCAGAUUCAAAAUCACAACCUGCAAAAGUAGUCUCCAACAUACCAUUCAAUAUAAGUACAGAUGUAAUUAAACAACUUCUUCCAAUGGGAGAAAUUUUUUCGGAGGUUGUUCUUUUACUCCAGGAGGAGACGGCUCUACGCUUAGUGGAAGCAUCCCUGAGAACAUCUGAAUAUCGACCCAUCAAUAUAUUUGUUAAUUUCUAUUCAGAUCCCGAAUUCAAAUUUAAAGUUCCAAGGACAGACUUUUUUCCUCAGCCUAACGUUGACGCGGCCGUUGUAUCUUUCAAGCUGAAGCAAGCUGCAGACUAUCCUGCAGUUUCCUCCACCAAAAGCUUCUUCUCAAUGGUUAACUCAGCAUUCAAUGGCAAGCGUAAAAUGUUACGAAAAUCACUUCAACACAUAUGCACAUCCCUUGAGAUAGAAAGAGCUUUGGAAUAUUCUAGCCUUCCAGCAACUUCAAGACCAGAGGAGCUAAGCUUAGAGGAUUUUGUUAAGUUGCACAAUUUGAUUGUGAGGCAGUAGUUCCUGAGGCAUUAACUGGAAAAGAUAAUCGAUCCAAGUUCCUACUUUGUUCACGACCACCAAUUAGCCAAAAAACGCUUGAAUGGUGGCUCUGAAAAGGAGGUUGAAAGGACAGUAUCUGUAUAAGAAACACCCAUUGUUCAUCUCUACGCUUACAUCAAAAAACGAAAGGGAAGAAAGUGAAGGAGUGGGAAAACAAGAAAUCGACUGAGAAGGAAAAAAGAGGAAGCUUCUGCAGCAGCUCUAAGAGAAAGAUCAAUGCAAGCUAGGUAAGUGAAAAAGUAGGGGGGAUUCUUCUAAUUUCUUAUUCUUUCCCCUUUUAUUGGUCAUUUAUAACUAACUUUGUUGUUACCGUUCAUUUUACAAUGAAAUGAUUCCUUUUCAUGCUGGAAUUUGAAA